GGGCGGGCCGCGCGCGCGCGCAGGCGGCACGUGGCGGCGGGCAGCAUGGCGGAGCGGCGCGCGGUGCCCAGCGACCUCUUCCCUUUCGUGCUCGCGUUCCUGCGCGAGAACCGGUUCGAGGGCGCCGCGCGCGCCUUCGCCAAGGAGGCGGCGGCGAAAGAGCAGGACCCCAACGCUGCCUCGCUCCUGGACAUCUUCAGCUACUGGCUCAGGUCCCCGGCGGCCAAGAAGAGAAAGCUGGUUCCGAACGGCCCCGGGGCGAGAGGGAAACCGCCCUCCAGCAGCGAGGAGAGCUCCGGCGAGGAGGAGGAGGAGGAGGCGCCCCCGGCCAAGAAACCAGCUAAAACAGCAGCUGUGCCCAAUGCAAAAGCUGUUCCUACAGCCAAGAAGGCAGAGAGCAGCAGUGAGGACUCUAGUGAUGAUUCAGACUCAGAGGAGGAGAAGAAGCCAGCAAAGAAAGGCGCAAAACCCAUGGUGAAGCCAGCAGGAACCAAAAUCCAGCCUCAGAAAAAAGCAGAGAGUUCCAGUUCAAGCAGCUCAGAUGAAGAAGCACCAAAGAAACAGCCAACAAAAACAGCAGCGCCUAAAUCAGGAAGUAAAGCUCCCCAGGUGGCCACCAAGGUGGUCAAUGGAAAAGCAGCAAGCAGUAGCAGCAGUAGUGAAGAUUCUGAUGAGGAGAAGGCUGCACCGAAGAAGACUGUUCCAAAGAAAUCACCUUUACCAAAACCUGCAGUCACACAAGCUGCAGUGAAAAACAAACAUGCCAAGGAAAGUUCCAGUAGUGAGGACUCAUCUGACAGCUCAGACGAUGAAAAGCCACCUGUAAAACAAAAGCCAAAGUCUGGUCAGUACAGUGCUGUACCACCGCCUCAAGCUACACAGACAAAGAAAGGCCUUGCCAAGGCUCCUUCAAAAAGGGCUGAAAGCAGUGACUCUUCAGAUAGUAGUGAUGAGGCAGAGAAGGUGCCCCCGAAGGGAGGAGCAGGCAAAACAGUAGUUGCUAAAACAACCCCAGGCCCCAAAACCAAAGUUGUGUCUACCAAGAAGGCUGAAUCCAGUUCUGACAGUGACUCAGAUUCUUCCUCUGAAGGUGAUAAGAAGAAGGUAGGGAGUAAGCUCCCAGCUAAACAACCUGUGAUAAAGAAUACUUCUAAACCAGCAAAAGUAGCUGUCAAGCCUGAACAAGCGAAGAAAGACUCCAGUUCCUCCUCAGACAGCUCAGAUUCUGAGAGCUCUGACAAGAAGACUCCUGUGAAGCCCACGACUAAAGCAGCAACCCCCGCAACAAAGAAGUCACAGCCUGUCACGAAGAAAGCACAAAGUAGCUCUGAUUCAGAUAGCAGCUCCAGCAGUUCUGAGGAUGAGAAGAAGAAAGGCACUUCAGCUAAAUUAGCUGGCAAAGUGAGUAAACCUGUGUCCAAGCCUUCUACCCCAGCUCCCAAAGCCAGCACUUCUGAUUCUGAUAGCUCAAGCAGUGAAGAAGAAGAAAAGAAGCCAGCAAUGAAACCAGCCAGCAAAUCUCCUGGGACAGCAAAAGCAUCAGUAGGGAAGAAGACGGCUUCUUCUAGUAGCAGCAGCUCAUCUGAUAGUUCCAGUGAAGAGGAUAAGAAGCCCAAGAAAGCAGGGAAAGGGAUACAGAACAGUUCUAAGACCAGUGCCUCCAAAGAAAAAGCAAAAGCAUUCACACCAGCAGCAAACAACCUGAAGUCUAAGCCAGGUGGUGGCAGCAGUAGCAGCAGUGAAAGCAGCUCUGAAGAAGAGACUGGAAAAGCCAAUGGAGGCACAAUUGGGAAGAAACAGAAGAGGGAAGAUACUCAGGAGCCAGAGACACCGCAGAGUAAAAAGGCAAAGAUCAAAGCAAAAACACCACAUACGGUUCCCAAGGUGAAACGGCCAGCCUCUCCAUUCCGCCGAGUAAGGGAAGAAGAGAUUGAGGUGGAUGCCCGUGUUGCUGAUAACUCAUUUGAAGCAAAGAAAGGAGCAGUUGGUGACUGGGGUGAGAAGGCUAACAAUGUCCUGAAAUACACGAAAGGCAAAUCUUUCCGCCAUGAGAAGACGAAGAAAAAACGAGGCAGCUAUCGUGGGGGCACUAUAUCGACCCAAGUCAAUUCCGUGAAGUUUGAAAGUGACUGAGAAUGAUUUCUUGGGAAUCAACCAUUUGCUCACCAGAAUGGCUUGGAUGGGCAUGUGGACAUUAUGGAUGUCAAGCCUGCCUGGAAUGCUGCCUCCCGUAGCCCAUUGUGGAGCAGGCAGCUCCGGAAUGGGGAUGUGGGAGAAUAAUUGGAUGUUUCCCAUUUUUUGUUCCUAAUUCUGAUUUAGACCCCCUAAUUUGGAGCCAUCCUUGAGCUGGUGUUAAUGGCACUGCUAGGGUGACCUCCAACAAUUAAAUUAUCUACAGUCUUAUUUUAAAAGGCUGGUAGUGGUUUUUCACUUUGAUUUCCUGUCCAUCUAGUAGAAGAAAGAAAAAUCAUUCUCCUGUAUCUUAACCUCCCACUUCUUUGUCAACCGGUUUAACUCAAUUACCUAUGAAAUGGCAAAUUUUGUAACUUCCCUGUGUCUAGUUACUGUAGAAGCGAUAACUGAUUUGAACCCUCCAACUGUAAUCCUCACCCGCACCUGACAUUUCAAGUUCACAGUUGCAGUGUGAUGGAGUUCCACUUUUCUGUUUCCUCCUUCUGUGGUUCCACUUGCAGUAAAUUCCUACCUUCCUCUUCCUUACACUCCUGUUGAGGCCACUAACUGGAGUACUUGGAGAGGUUAGAGGGUCUAAAUACACCUUAGCAGUUGGGUAACUGUAUUGCUUGCAGUUGCUAGUUGAUGGCUAUUGUCGGGGGACUAAGGUCUUUCUGUGGUACUCUUAGUAACACUUCCAUUGGGAAUUUAGCUGAGGAGUGGAGAUGUACAGGAACUCUUGACUGCUUGGUGGUUGUGACAUUUGGCUCGUUGGAAAUGGAUAAGGAAGCAGAGGAGAUAAAGCUGCUCUACCCAUCUUUGCUUUUGCUGUGGGUUGGUUUUUUUUGUUUUGGGUUUUUGUUGUUUUUUUUUUUUUUUUUUUUUAAGGGCUCUGGCUCCCAUGAGGCACUGCUUGUUCCCUCUGAACGUAAAACAUGCCGCUUAUGCUUACUCCCUGCAAUGAGCCAUGCAACUUGUUCUAAUGCCUUAAAUUUCUUGUCUAGGUUGGAUCACUUGCUCUUUGAGCUGUUUUCCAUCUGUUAAAUCCUUCUCAAAAAAAUAAAUAUCAGUUUCCCUGUAGCACCAAGGCAAAUAAAGCCUGAUGCUGUAAAGUGUGAAGUGUUACUUACAAGUAUGCAUUCAGCAUGGGUAGCCUCAAACAAGUUCAGUAACUUGCAGCCUGAACUGGGAUUUCAUGAGCAACUGAGAUAAUACAAUGGCUUACUGCUGUUGAGAGCAGGGGAGGGCUUGCUUUCUUUCCUUAUUUCUCUCUUGCUUGCCUCCUUAUUUCUGUUGCAACUCAUGUCUCUUGGAAAAUGGUUUCCUCAACCAUUUUUUUACCUUGUUACAUGGGUUAAGCCAACUUUAGUUUUUAGUUUGUGGAGCAGGCUGCUGAGCCCAUAGCCAAUAUGAACUGAGCAGUGGUACAGCAUGUUUGGGACAUGGGGCAGUGGGCUGUGAGGUUCUCACCCCAUCUUAAACUUCCAGCAAGCGAGAGAGGUUAUGCAAGGUCCGAUUUCCAUGUUUCCGUUCCCUCCCUGAAGGAUGGUGAUGAGAAGAGCCCUGUUGUUACAGGAAGCUAUAUUUGUGUGCAAAGCAGUGUCACCUAAUUGAGGGUUGGAUGAGACUUGAUGAGCCACCCCCAUGUGCAUGAGCUGCAACUUGUAUCAAUGAGCAUUUUUCAAGGCUUCCCCUCUGGGUUGCACAAUUACUCUGGUGCCUGGAUUUUAGGCUACAAUGCAGAGGUGCCAAGGAGAUCAUGGUUAUUAGGAGAAAUUAAAGAUUAGAGGCCAAAGGAAGGUGGGAAAAGAGUAUUUUCUGAAUUGGGAUUUGUACAUCUUGCUUGUGAUGUGUCAUUUGCUCUCUUCUGUUUAUUAGGAACUUAGAUUUGGAACUCUUAAACUUCUAAAAAACUUUUAUGUUUUGGGGGCAUUUUAAGCGUGAGAAUUUUAAACUGUUGGACAAUAAAGA